UCGCGUCCUCUUCCUGCCCAUCUUAGUGCUUCCUCCCUGCCUCCCGGAGACUCUUCUUCCGUUCUCACUCCAAAAACCGUGAGAAGAAUGUGCCCCGCCGGCCGCGGCCUAGCCCCGGGUCCCCUCCGGCCGGCGUUCGACGUCCUCGACGCCGACCGCGACGGCAAGAUAAGCCAAGACGACCUCAAGGCCUUCUUCUCUUCCGGCGUCGCCGCGGCCCUCUCGGACGAGGACAUCGGUUCCAUGAUCUCCGCCGCCGACGCCGACCGCGACGGGCUCGUGGAGUUCGAGGAGUUCGAGCGCGUCCUUGGCCGCCCCCGCGGCGGGGACGGCGUCAUGGCGGAGGCGUUCCGCGUGAUGGAUCGUGAUGGGGACGGGAAGGUGGGGUUCGGGGACCUGAAGGCGUACCUGAAGAUGGCUGGGCUGCCGGCCAGCGACGAUGAUAUCUGGACGAUGAUACGGAUGGGCGGCAGCGAUGGGAUUAGCUUUGACGCCCUCCUCAAGAUCCUCGCCGUCGAUCUCGAUAAUGGCCUGUGAGCCGUUUGCUUUCUUUACUCGUUCGUUGGCUAUGAGUUGUAACAGUAGAAGUCGUUUGCAUUGACGGUGCAGGUGUUUGGUGGACUCGACAACAAGCUUUUGCCAUACAUCGAACUUAGUUUCACAGGCUUAAAGAUGCGUUGGAAUUUUGCUCUUAUUAAAAAAUCAUAUAUUUCUCUCA